CAGAUAAUUUUCCUGAUUUAUCAAAAAAUAAAAUUCCAAAAAUACCUAUUAUUAAAGAAGAACCAGAUGAAAAAAUGGAAGUAGAAUUUCCAAAAUUAAAUGUUGUUGAAGACAUGGUAGGUGUUACUUUUGGAACGAUUCAACCUAUAAAUUUUGAUUCAGCAAGAGAAAGACAACAAGAAAAAUACAAUGAGUGGAUAAGAAUAUUAAAGAGUAUGAAAGAUGAAACGAAUAUUAAUAACCUUGAAGAUAGAAAUAAUUGGAAUCAAUAUAGAAGUAAAACAGAAGAAUAUUUAGCAAUAAUAUUUGCAGAAUGGAUUAAAUCUAAUGUAGUGUCAGGAACAGAUUUACCAUCUGGUAUUCCAGAUGCAAUUGCUGGAGCUCGAACAUGUGAAAAUAUUACUGAUUAUAACGCAUGUGGAAAUAUUAGACCACCCGGUUCAUUAAUUGAUAAAAUUGAUUUUAGUGAUGGAGGAUUUGUUGCUCUCGAUAAAAGAUUUUAUAUAUAUAAUUUGUUACAAGAAGAGAAAAAUUCAACUUAUCAACUUUCAAAUGAUAUAACUUUAACAAAAUUAGUGUCACCCUUUAAGAUUGAUCUUUAUCUUGUUAGAGUAUGUGAUCUUGAAACAGCAAAAAAAAACAAUUUAACAAUAGAAGAUGUUUUGAAACAACCUAAAGAUAUAAAAAAUCAUCAGUUGAAAGAUAAUUAUGAUAUAUUAUUACAAUAUAGUGUACAAAUUAAUUGUUCAACAGAAUGUGUUUUUAAUGAACAUGAAAUAGUAAUGUGUAGAAAAUUUUUAAAAGAAGAACAGAAAACAUGUGAAAUAUCUAGUAACACAGAUGAAAAUAUAGUUUAUGAUACCGCUAAUUAUAGAUUGAUAAUGUUGGGAACUCCACAUGGUCAAUAUGAUUCUGGUUAUCCAGUUUUUAUUUCAGGUGGAAAUAUUGAAAUAGCAUAUUACCCAGAUUUAACACAAGUUAGUAAUUAUAUUAAUUGUUGUGUUAAAAAAUAUAAAGAACAAAAUAUUAUAAAAAUCAAAAAAGAAGAAAUAAACAAAUAUUUAAUGCUUACAAUAAUUGAAAAAGCAGGACAACCUUUUAUUCAACAAUCAAUUCAACAACCGAUUUUAUUUCCUCAACAACCAAUUGUUCCAAUUUCACCACAAAAACCAAUUUUUACACCAGAAGAAUCUAAUGAUAUAAAUGAUAAAAAUAUAUUUAAUA